AACGUAGCUAACCGGUCGCCUGCAGUUCGUUUGGCAAUGCUUGCGAACGGCCGCAGUCUCAUUCGAACCUUAACAGAUACGGUGCUGUGCUCAAGUUAAAUUAACUGCCAGUUAAAUUUAACCACAGUUAAAUUUGUCAGUUUUUGGAUAGCUCCUGUGUUUUAUUUUGACAAUGGCUUCGGAGACCAUAUCUACAGCAGACCUGGAGUCGCUGCCAGACCGCAUCGCGGACACCUUCUCCGGGAUGAGGGUCCUCGUCACUGGAGGCACUGGUUUCAUGGGGAAGGUGCUGCUCGAGAAACUCCUCAGAAAAUGUCCAGACAUUGGUCAGAUCAUGCUUUUCGUCAGAAAUAAGAAAGGCAAGAAUCCUAAACAGAGAUUAGAGGAGAUCUUCAAUGGAGUUCUGUUCGAGAAAGUCCGCAACAUGCGUGGUGGAGUGGAACCACUUCUGCAGAAGGUGACCCUUGUGGCUGGAGACGUCUCUGAGCCUGACCUGGGGCUUAGCGACCAGGACCGAGCCAUGAUCAUCGAACAGGUCGACAUUAUUAUACAUGCUGCUGCUACUAUCAGGUUCGACGAAGAGCUGAAGAAAGCUGUUCUGCUGAACGUGAGGGGCACCAAGCUCAUGGUCGAGUUAGCCAAGACUUGCAAGAACUUAAAGCUAUUCAUCCACAUAUCUACUUCUUACUGCCAUCUUCAUGAGAAGCUGUUGGAAGAGCAGGCAUACCCCCCACCGGCUGACCCUCACCACGUCAUCCAAGCUGUCGAGUGGAUGGAUGAUGAAGCCAUCGCUAUGCUGACACCCAAGUUACUAGACAAACUGCCAAACUCGUACGCAUUCACCAAGGCUCUCGGCGAGGCGCUGGUGGUAGAAGCCAUGGAACACAUACCUGCCAUGGUGCUCAGACCUUCCAUAGUGAUUCCGAUCUGGCAAGAGCCAGUCCCCGGCUGGACUGACAACAUCAACGGCCCCACUGGAUUGCUCAUCGGUGCGGGCAAAGGCGUGAUUCGCUCGAUGUACUGCAAAAGCAACAGCUAUGCGGACUAUCUGCCGGUAGAUGUCUUCAUAAACGGCAUCAUGAUUGUGGCGUGGAAUUAUUUGCAGAACGGGGACACAAAAUGCAAUAUAAUAAACUUCACAUCGUCAGCGGAGAUCAAGGUGACCUGGUCAGAAAUGAUUGACGCUGGACGAGAAAUUAUCAUGAACCGAGUUCCACUCAAUGGAGUAGUAUGGUACCCCGGCGGUUCUAUGAAGCACUCGCGUCUGUACCACAACAUCUGCCUGGUGUUGUUCCACUGGGUGCCGGCUGUGCUGGUGGAUAUCCUGCUCUUCUGUCUUGGGUACAAACCUAUUUUAUGUCGCGUCCAACGUCGUAUCAACAAAGGUUUCGAAGUUUUCGAGUACUACACGAACAACCAGUGGGACUUCAAGUCUGACAUUGCUCAGACUCUGCGUCAGAAGCUCAACCCUCGCGAGAGACGGGACUACAAGGUUGAUGCUGUCGGUCUGGACAUCUCGAAGUACUUCGAAGACUGCAUCAGGGCAGCAAGAGUCUUCAUCCUCAAGGAGUAUGAUGACACGCUCCCAGCUGCCAGGAGGCAUAUGAGAGUCAUGUACUGGGUAGACGUAAUAGUCCGCUGUCUAUUCUGGGGUCUGAUCUUGUACUGGCUGAGUGGCUUCGUGACGUCACCGUCCACUGUCACGGAACACAAUGCUACUGUCAUCGCUAUGGACGCGUAGAGAACUGUUUUAUAUCGAAUGUCCACUAUACUGGACGUAGAGGCUCAUUUUCAUUUGUCAUUCAGACUUCCUUCAAUGUUUUUUUUAACGACGUCAAAUAUCCUCAAAUGACCCCUCCCGCUGUGGGUUAGCAGCGGUGAGGGAAUGUCAGACUCUUACUGACUAAAAACCGCCGUGUUCCGUCGUAGGCCUUUUAUGUACCAGGGCCGCGGUAAGUCGCGCGAACAAUCCCGCAGCCCCUUAUGUUCAGCCUUAGGUAUAUAACUACUAUUAUGAAUAUGUCUGCCUAGCUUUCAAGCCUAAACUACUGAAGCGAUUUAAAUAAAAGGCAUAGGUACAGACAAUCUGGAAUCUGAGAAAGGAAAAUUAUUUAUAAAUUCCUUUGAAAAUUGAACCUAAAAAUUUGUGCCCGAGUUAAUGAUCAAUGAAAAUGAGUCUUACAUUAUCAGUUCACAAUGUCUGACAUAAUUUGUCAGACUUUUAUCAGACUGCUUCUACUAUGUUGUGUAGAUAGUUACAUAGUUUUAAAGUAGGUAUACUUAGUUUUCGUAAAGGUGUUUGAGCUAGCCUUAAUUCUUUUCGAGGGUGAAGAAAAAUUAAAUUAAGUUGACAAAAAACUGUGUUUUAUACAGGAUAUGAAAAAAAUUUAAAUUAAAAUCAAACUUAAUUAAUAUUCUAUUAAUUUUUAUUUGCUCUACAAAGUUCUUAAAUACCCGGUUUCAAUACAUUUUCAUAGGUAGAUAACUACGGUUAAAAAAUAAUUGGAAAUCUGGUGCAUUAUUCGUUUCAAAUCCUAAAAUUGAGAAAAAAAUUACUUACCAUACAUAAUAUCCUUGUAACUGUAUUAUUUUAAAGACACAUAUUUUCUUCAUAAUCUAAAAAGUCAUAAGUGCCUACCAUUUUUAUUUUUUGUGAAAAACAUUUGCCUAACGUUGUUAUAGAAAUUAUGUCUAAAAAAUAAGGUGUAGGCUUUUACUAAGAAAUAGCUCAACUAUUUGUAUUAUAGAUGUUAGUUUUUAAAACUAAGUAAAUACCUAGUUUAAGUGUGUAUAAGACUUUUUUGUACCUA